GUGAUCUCCGGCUACAAAUCGCUGAGUUGUUUUGGAAGUCGGCUUCAGAACAAGAUCGACCACCGUCAUCUCAGUAGCUACAUUGUUCUUCCGGUUUCCAGAAUGGCGUCUUCUAGUCAAAUCCUCAAGUACCCUCCGCGACUGUAUGAAGAAGGAAAAUCACCUUUGCAAAAUAGGAGCAUGAACCACAGCUGCUAUUUUUUUCAAAUUGGGAAGAUCAGAGAAGGAUUAGGUCCGGAUGUGUGGGAUGGUUUGAUGAAAUCAACACUUGGAGUGUUUAUAAAAUUGACUGAUGUUGAAUACACAUGGGCUGCCCAGACCGUUCAUUACUUCCUCACAAAUCAGCUGCGAGUCGACAACUCUCACGAGAUUUGGUGUUUGAUUGAUCAAAGGCCAAUCAGAUUUUCUCUUUAUGAAUUCGCGGACGUAACGGGGCUCAAUUGUGAUUUUAUUGACGAGUCAGACACAUGUGAAGCUGCUUACCAUGAGUUCUGGAAUGAAAUGGGUGUUGGAACGUCCGAUGGGCCUUUGUUUUCUGAGUUGGAGCAUGUAAUGGAUAUUAGCAAGGCAUGGAAUUAUGUAAUGGAUAUUAGCAAGGCAAAUUGCAGUUACCGAAACCCCUUAUGCCUUCCUCUUUUGAUUCAACAUGAACUUUCUCUUUCACUUCAACACAAAGUCGAACAGUAGCAUUCUUCGUUUGGCCCAAAAAAGACUGAAACUGUCUAUUAUUACCAAUAAUUACGGGUGGUAUAUAUGCUAGUAAUUUCUUUGAA